AUGAGUGCCCACUGCCUCCCUAUCCUUCUUGUCCAUGCCUGGUGGGCCCUACUCCAGCCUCGCGCCGCGACGGUGGCCGCCUUUCCUCUGUGGACACGGGGGCAGCCCUCGUCACCGUCCCCUCUCGCUUACAUGCUGAGCCUCUACCGAGACCCGCUGCCUCGGGCGGACAUCAUCCGCAGCCUCCAGGCGCAAGAUAUGCAAGUGAGUGGGCAGAACUGGACCUUCGCUUUCGACUUCUCCUUUCUGAGCCAAGAAGAGGACCUGGCAUGGGCGGAGCUCCGGUUGCAGUUGCCCCGCCCUAUGGACCUCCCCACUGAGGGCCCACUCACCAUUCAAAUUUUUCACCAGGCCAAGAUGGACCCAGAGCAAGAGCCAGCGGACUGCCUGGAGCGAGUACGGAUGGAGGAGUUCACUGUCACUCCGUCUCAGGUCACUUUUUCCUCGGGCAACACUGUCCUGGAGGUCACCAGGCCACUCUCCAAGUGGCUGAAGAACCCCAGGGCACUGGAGAAGCAGGUGUCCAGUCUGAAAGGAAAGUGCUGGCAUCAGCCCCGCACCCUGCCUGUCACCACCACCAGCGACAAUGUGCUCAUGCUGUACUCCAACCGGCCUCAGGAGCAGAGGCAGCUGGGUGGCGCCACUUUGCUCUGGGAAGCCGAAAGUUCCUGGCGGGCCCAGGAGGGACAGCUGUCUGGAGAGAGGGGCCGAUGGGGCAGAAGGCACCGCAGACAUCACAUGCCAGACAGAAGCCAACUGUGUAGGAGGGUCAAGUUCCAGGUAGACUUCAACCUGAUUGGCUGGGGUUCCUGGAUCAUCUACCCCAAACAGUAUAAUGCCUACCGCUGUGAGGGCGAGUGCCCUAACCCUGUGGGGGAGGAGUUUCACCCUACCAACCACGCCUAUAUCCAGAGCUUGCUGAAACGCUACCAGCCCCACCGGGUCCCUUCCACGUGCUGUGCCCCUGUGAAGACCAAGCCACUGAGCAUGCUCUACGUGGACAAUGGCAGGGUGCUCCUGGAACACCAUAAGGACAUGAUUGUGGAGGAAUGUGGGUGCCUCUGACAGAGCCAGGGCAAGUGCUGAAUCCGCUUGCCCUCCACAAUGCUGGUAAACUCCAGGGAGACGCAUAGUGUCCAUCCAGGGAGCAGAAACAGAAGAAGGGCUCUGCCUGCCAGAGCUGAAGAGGAAGUCCUGCCCCCUGUGUCUUAGACCUGCCAGGCCAGAGGCCUGUGGGGAGGCAGGAAUAGGGAAACCUUUCAGGGGCUGGCUGGGCUCCCUGGAAAUAGGGGUUAUGAACUUCACGAGUGCUCUUUAACCUCUGAAGCCCUAGAAAUGGUGUGCAAAGGCUGAGGUAUAUAUGUAUUUAUUAUAGCUUUCCUGUAUUCUUAAAAGUGGCUGUGACCCGCUGUCCCUCCCUAAAGAUCAGUAUAAUUGUAUUAGAUUAAAACUAGCCAUUUGGCUCUCCCUGAUUCAAGCUGGUCUAGGGGAACCCUUACAACUUUCUAGCUGGCUGGCGCUAACGGGCUGGCCUUCCUCAGGGGCUCCGUGAUCUCAGCUAAUGAGUUGCCUAAACAAUAAAGCCACUGUCCAGUUCUCCCAGGGCCAGCUGUGCCUUUGACCAGAGAGGUGGGCACUUAUCCAAGAGGGACUGGCCACGGUGGACUACAGAAGCCAGAGCUGUCAGACGUCUGCUUGGCAGACAUAACCCAAGUCUAUUAAA